GCGUUUGAAGUGGAGUCGAGCACGAAGGCCAAAGAUUUCUGUCACAACAUCUCUGGACGCCUGAUGCUGAAAUCCUCUGAGGGAUUCAGCCUCUUUGUGAAGAUCACAGACAAGGUCAUCAGUGUGCCGGACGGAGACUUUUUCUUUGACUUUGUGAGACAUUUAACCGACUGGAUCAGAAAAGCCAGACAUGUGAAGGAUGGAGGUGCAGCCAUGGUGCCUUCACUGACCUAUCAGGUGUUUUUCAUGAAGAAGCUGUGGACGAACACGGUGCCUGGAAAUGACUCCAUGGCUGACUCCAUCUUCCACUACUACCAAGAGCUGCCAAAGUAUCUCCGUGGUUACCACAAGUGUUCCAGGGAGGAGGUGCACCAGCUGGCUGCACUAAUCUACAGAGUCAAGUUCGAGGAGGAUAAUUCCCACUUCCAAACUACUUCCAAGAUCCUGAAGGACCUGGUUCCUCAGGACCAUAUCAGACUUCAGUCUCCAGACGACUGGAAGAGGUCCAUCAUGACGCUGUUCAUCAAACAGUCUGGAAAAACGCGUGAAGAUGCCAAACUGUCCUUCCUCAAGAUCAUCUACAAGUGGCCCACGUUUGGUUCAGCCUUCUUUGAAAUUAAGCAAACGACUGAUCCAAAUUACCCAGAAACCCUUUUGAUUGCAAUCAACAAGCAUGGAGUCAGUUUGAUUGACCCGAAGACGAAGGACAUCCUCACAACUCAUCCGUUCACCAAGAUCUCCAACUGGAGCAGCGGGAAUACGUACUUCCACAUCACCAUCGGGAAUUUGGUUCGAGGCAGCAAGCUGCUCUGUGAGACAUCGCUGGGCUACAAGAUGGAUGACCUUCUGACCUCUUACAUCAGCCAGAUGCUGACGACCAUGACUAAACAGAGAACUUCCAGAGGAAACAAGUGAAUGCAGAAAACACUGAACAAUCACACACAAACACACGUCUUAAAAUUCACCUUUUGCCUUUAAAAACAACUUUUCUAAACAUCAGCUGUGGUUUGAAGCUGCAUUUACUCAGAAAAGAUAUUCAGAUCUUAUGUGCAC